GUCAUUGGUUUUUAUUCAUUAAAUUAUUAUACGUGUUGUAGUGCAUUUGCAACGAUAUUUUUACCCAAACUUUUACCAUUGUUAUUAAAAAGUAAAAUUAAAUUAAAAAAAAUUAUAAAAAAUGGCAACCAAAGAAUAUACUAUGGCUGAAGUGAAACAACAUAUCGAUAGCAAAUCAUCAUGGUUUGUUAUACACAAUUCGGUAUACGAUGUGACAGCAUUUUUAAAUGAGCAUCCUGGUGGUGAAGAAGUAUUACUUGAACAAGCUGGACGUAACGCAAGUGAAGCAUUUGAAGAUGUUGGUCAUUCGAGUGAUGCACGUGAAAUGAUGUUAAAAUAUAAAGUUGGUGAACUUGUUGAAUCUGAACGACAACCUGUUAAUGAAAAAGGACCACAUUCCUGGUCAAAUGAAUCAGCUGACCAAAAUAAUGGUGGAAGCAGCUGGACAUCUUGGUUAAUUCCUGUAACUCUUGGCCUAUUAGCUACAAUUCUAUAUCGUUUUUAUGUAUCCUCAGCUCAAGCAUCACAUUAGUCCAUUAGUUCGGUUUUCAAAAAUAAUUUUUCUUGUUUUUAAAAAACAGUAAAAAAUAUUCAAACAAACAAAAAUUAUUUCCGUACAAUUUUCAUUUUUUGUUUCUUUUUUAUGUUUUUAAUCUGUCUUUUUGCUAAAAGAUUUAUUGUUGUCAUCAUAUAUUAUUCAGCAUGUUAUUUACUUUUUAAUUAUAUGAGAUUGGUCAAUGAAGAUGCACAGAACAUGUUACAAUUUAAUGUAAACAUUUUUUAAAUCGUUGUUAAGGGAUUAGUCUUUAUCUAAAGCAGUUCUCAUACGAUCGAUUAUAUUGUCAAAAUCAGCAUAAAACUGAAUAGAUUGUAAAAAAAAAAAGAUAAUGUAAGCCAAUUACAGUUUCUCAAUAUUUAUUGACCAUAUUGACAAAAUUUUAUAAACAAUACAUAUUGAUCGUGUGAAGGUUACUUUACAAUUUUCCUAUACAUUUAGGGUUAAUUUAUAUAAUAUCCGUAUUAAUAUUGUUUUUUCCCUCAUUAAAAGCGCUCUUGCCCUACUUUUAAAAGUAGGUUCUAAAAGUUUUAAAUUUGGUGCUUGUAAAUAGGUUUCUGGAAUCUAAAAAUAAUUAAUUUUCCUAAAUUUCAUUAGGAAUUAGCUUUAAUUAUGUCAAAUUUUUUAGGUCACAUAAGCACAGUAUAAGUAUGAGACAUUAUUUUCACAUAAAUAAAAUGUGAUAACCGUCAUUAUUAAAACUAUAAAAAUGAUAAAGAACGAAAUAAUAAAUAUUUUAUUUUGUUGCUUUUUUAAUUAUUUAUUUUCCUUGAAUAAAACAGAAUAUAUCUACAUUCCUCUAUGACAAAAAAAUUCCUUGCAAACCCUUCGAACUAAGACACAACAUCUUAAGUCUUAUAGGUUUUCAUAUAUGUAUUUUUGUUUGGAAGACAUUGACAAUCGAAUAUAAGCAAUUAUGUAAUUAAGGAAGUUUUUUUUUGUCUUAACACUAUAAAAUUGUGUUGUAAUACAAUCUAUUUAAUUAAUAAUUCUCCCUUCGCCCAUCAUGAUACUCAGAAAUAUAUCGAUCUACGUUGAAAAUGGUUCCACUAACAUCGAAGGUGAUGAUUGGAGUGGAAAUAUUGUAAAUAUUUAUACUGUGGCGUAACUACCUCAUAAUACUAAGAUUCUUAUGUUGAUGAAAUAAUGAACUUUACCUCAAAAUGUCACCAUAUAUUUUCUGAAAAUGGCUAAGUUCACAUGACACGACAUGAAAAACUGUUCAAAAAUUGUAAUAAAUAAAAAAAUGACGCUGGAUGCUUGUAACAACAAUUGUUAAAAUGUGGAAAAAUAAAAAAAAAUUAACCUAA